UUUCUUUGUUUAUAGAGCAUGGUGGGAUUCCUACAAUUCCUUAGUGAGUGAAAUAUGACAACAAUGCGGUGUAUGAUGUUUUGGUUAUUGGUGAGUUUACCCUUUUGGGGGACCUCAUCACUGCCAAUAAACCCAAAACAUAUAGAAACACAAUGCAAAUUUGCUACAUACCCUCCCCUCUGCCUUCAAACAUUGAAUCAAUUCGGAUUAACCCACAUAGAUGAUGUUGUCUCUGCUCUUGUUAACAAGACUAUCUUGGAAACCAAAUUGCCCUCUUCGUAUUUCUUCGCCAAGUUCAGUUCUCAGCUCGUCUUUAACCAGCAUCGACACUUUCAAGAUGUAACAGAUUACUGUGAAACUCUUGCGAGCAUGUCUCUGAAACGGCUAGAUCAAUCGCUGUCGGCCAUUAAAAUUCAUGGAAGCAAAAAGAAGCAUGAUAUCCAAACAUGGAUAAGUGCCGCCAUAACUUUCCAACAAUCUUGUAAGGAUUCCGUAGAUAGUCUGAGUCUCGCCGACACUGCCACGGCCCAUCAGAUAUCUCGCAAAAUGGAUUAUCUGAGUCGACUGAGUAGUAAUGCUUUGUCCAUGGCGAACAGGAUGAGUAGGAUAAUUAAUAAUAAUAAUAAUUAUAGUGAUGGAGGAAAAUUUCCAAGGUGGGUAUCGGGUAGAGACCGAAAUCUACUCGAGGCAAACACUGUGAAGGCGAACGUGGUUGUUGCCAAAGAUGGAACGGGAAACUUUCAGACGGUGAAAGAGGCCAUGGAUGCGGCUGAUGGGAAAAAAAGGUUUGUGAUUUACGUGAAAGCAGGAGUUUAUAAGGAGAAAAUUCACAGUAAUAAAGACGGGAUUACUUUGAUCGGAGAUGGUAAAUAUUCCACCAUCAUUGUCGGUGAUGAUAGUGUUGCUGGAGGUUCCACCAUGCCAGGCUCUGCAACUAUUACAAUGACAGGGGAUGGAUUCAUAGCCCGCGACAUUGGGUUUCAGAACACAGCAGGGCCACAAGGAGAGCAAGCUUUAGCUCUAAACAUAGCUUCUGAUCACUCUGUUCUUUACAGGUGCAGCAUUGCGGGUUACCAGGAUACUCUCUACGCACACGCUCUCCGUCAAUUCUACAGAGAAUGCGACAUCUACGGCACCGUCGAUUUCAUUUUCGGAAACGCCGCCGCGGUUUUCCAAAACUGCUACUUGGUUCUUCGUCUUCCUCGGAAAAAAGGCUACAACGUUAUUCUAGCAAACGGAAGAUCCGACCCGGGACAGAACACGGGUUUCUCUGUUCACAACUGCAGAAUCGUACCCAGCUCCGAAUUUUCUCCGGUAAAACAUAAAUACGAAUCGUAUCUUGGGCGGCCAUGGAUGAAGUAUUCAAGGUCGGUUGUGAUGGCAUCCAUCAUAGACGAUGCAAUUGCAGGUAAAGGGUGGAUUGAGUGGCCGGGAGAAAAGAGUUAUAUAAGCAGUUUGUAUUUUGCAGAGUACUCGAAUUCAGGACCAGGAGCAGGAACUUCCGGUAGGGUUAGGUGGCCGGGUUUUCAUGUUAUUGGAGAUGAAGAAGCUGUCAAGUUUACCGUUGGGAACUUCAUUUCCGGCAGUUCAUGGCUGCCUUCUACCGGCGUGAAAUUCGUCUCCGGCCUGCAGUGAACGAGUACUGUAGAUUCUGGGAUAAAUAAAUUUGGGAUGAAAUGAUAAAAGGAGUAUAUAGUACGGUGUAUAAUUUGAUUGCAGUCGUAUUGCUUUAAAAUCCACGUGUAUAUGAUAAGAUAUAUCAGAAAGAGUAGAGAAAAAUUAGGAAGCUCAGGAGAAGAGAAGAGAAGA